GGCCACUAGCAAGGCGGCAGAUCCGAUGGCUGGGCCUCUCCCUCCUUUUUCUCCCCGGCCGGCCAGAUAGAUCGUAGAUGCAUGCAUGAUAUACGCAGCGCAGCGCUGGCUCCUCUCCUCAUUCCGUUCUGAUCCGCUCCGUGAUUUUUUUCCCCUUCCGCCGCGGCUGCGGCCGCCCGUGCAGCGCCGCCAAGAGCCAGCGCCCCAGCGAGCCCCCAGAGCGGAGCCGAGCACCUGGUCCUACUCCUAUCGCGGCGGCGCCUGCUCGUAUACGCCGCCGCAGGGGAACUGAAGAGCCGGUUAAUACUGAGCAACCGCCGCCUCCAACUUACGCGCCGCUGCUGGAGGCGUAUAAACAAACCCACGCCUCCACGUCCCAUCCAUCUCCAUCCCGUCCAUCGCCACUCCUAGCUAGCUCCUGGAUCGAUCCCAAUCGCUACCCGGAACCUUCCAUUCCGUUCUCUAAUUUCUUGGCCGUCCGAUCGAUCGCCGGCCGCCUUCUGGAUCACCCUCGAUCUCACCUCUCGCCAACCCGGCCCGUUCAUCUUCUCCGUUUUCCGGCGCGCGCGCAUUGCGUAUCCUACGGCGGGCGGGCGGGGCGGCAUGGAUCAUCAGGACCACCUGAGCCCCACCCCGAGCGCGCGCGCCGGCGGCGGGUCCGGCGGCGUCCUCUGGGAGCCGCACGGGCGGCUGCUGACGGCGUGCCUGGUCGCGCUCAACGUCUUCCUCGUCCUCCUCGUCUACGCCUACUUCUGGCGCUUCUUCUCCCGCGCGCGCGGCGGCGGGGGCGACGGCGGGGACGCCGAGGCGGCGUCCUCCUCCUCCGCGGCCUCGUCGCCGCCGGCGUCGCCCAAGGCCCGGGACCGGCGGGAGGUGGAGCGCGCCAUCACCGCACUGCCCGUCUUCGUCGCGCGCCCCUCCUCCCCCUCCGGUGGCGGCGCGGCGGCCGAGUGCGCGAUCUGCAUCGCGGAGCUGGCGGACGGCGAGGAGGGCCGCCUGCUGCCGCGGUGCGGGCACCGGUUCCACGCGCGCUGCGUCGACGCCUGGUUCCGCUUCCACACCACCUGCCCGCUCUGCCGCUUCACCGUCCUCGCCGAAGAGGACGACCCGGCGGCGCCUGCUGCGACCACGGCGAGCCAGCCCCAGCCGUCGCGUCGCCAUGGGGACAGUACGGAUCUGAGUACGGACGCGGUUUCGGAUUCUCCGGUGUGACAACCUAACCGGCCGCCGGCGAUCGAUCAGUUUUUUAGGCUUUCCGUGGAUUGGGAGAGAGAGAGGAGGCCAGGCUGCUGACGCAAGCAGCCGCACCUCAGUUCUUGCAUGUUUUUGCAUUGGGUGGAUUGAUCAAGACAUUAGCUUCUUCGUUAACUACUGGCAUUUCCAUGGUGUGUAUGCAUUGUGAGCUAAAUAGCUGUAGGUGUAAAUGGAUGCAGUACAAUUUGUACCCGUCUUGUUGGCCUGUUGCAGUGUAGACAGUGGCGAAUUUAGUAGCCAAGUUAAGAGGGGGCUCGCUUUCCAUUUUCUUUUUAUUUC